AUGGUGGCUAUUCUCGGGUUCUGCGGGUAUUUGACCUUCAGAUUGAUCAACGACUCCUCCAAACAAAAUCCGCUUUCCACCGGGAAACUUAUUGGCGUGAUCGUACCGCCGUGUCUACUUCUUUUCUGCUUUGCCUGUUUCCAAUGGGGUCUAUUCACGAGAAAACAUCUCGCCCUGCUACCAUUUAUCCUUGCCACCCUCCUCCUCCUCGUCGCUUUGAUUGGUGCCCUCAUCGCAACUAUCUUGACAUUACCCAGCGAGGUAAACGAUAUCAAUCAGAAAACGUCUGUGGCAAGUGUCGAUAGGAGUGGAGCGAAGAUGGGCGAAGCUAUCGCAAUAAGAGCCAGCGUCUGUGUGAUCGUUGCCAUCCAAGUGUUAUUUCUCUAUGCCUACCUCCGUGCCUUCUUCUUCCUGCGGGCCUUCAACCAAACCCUG